UCAAGGAUGACUAUGCUUUUACGUUUGGUUGAACACCUUCUAAUGCCAUUUUGCCUUUCUAAAAAAAAAAAAUCGUACACCUGUAGGCCCAUAAUAGUCGUCUUUGGCUCUCUGACUGAAAAUAUCUCUGCUUUUCUGGAUUAUUCUCUAUCCUGACCCGGGAGCAUUUCUCUUAGGAGAUUGGAGAGUGACAGUGGUGUUAGUUCAAGCGAUCACCAUGGCUUCCAGAGAUCCGAGUCUUCCAACAAACAGCUCAACUCUGAUUCAUCAAGGUCCUCCAAAACAAUACCGGCUACACACAGAGAGAAACACACUUGAUGAUCAUGGAAAAGUCAGAAAAUGGACUUAUGGGAAUAAAGACACCAGUAAACAAAACAAAAUUGUUCUGCUGGUGGGAGAGACCGGCGCUGGCAAGACGACUCUCAUCAACACCAUGGUCAACUACUUACUGGAGGUGAAGUUUGAAGAAGAACUAUGGUAUGAAAUCACAGAAGAAGCAGCCAAAGACCAAUCAGAAUCACAAACAUCUGAAAUCACCAUGUAUGAGGUCUGUCCUAUAAAGAGUCCUGUAUCUCUCACCAUCAUUGAUACUCCAGGAUACGGAGACACUAGAGGUCUGGAAAGAGAUCUGGAAGUUGCUUCAAACUUAUCCACUCUGUUUCAGAGCAAUGAUGGAGUUCGUGAUGUUGAUGCAGUGUGUUUUGUGAUUCAAGCGUCUAAGAAUCGUCUCUCAGACAGACAGCAUUACAUUAUCAGUUCAGUUCUGUCUUUAUUUGGAAAAGACAUUGUGAACAACAUUGUGUUUUUAAUCACACACUCUGAUGGUCUGCCACCCCAAAAUGUCAUCAGCGCCAUUAAUAAAGCUAGAAUCCCCUGCAGACGAGACCAAAGUGACCAACCUGUUUAUUUCUUAUUCAACAACCGGCAGGCUGACGCCCGUCACGAUGAAAGACGUUACCUUCGUGCUCAAAGAGAAGCCUGGGAAGACAGCAUGGACAGCAUGAAGCAUUUCCUUCAGUCUCUGACUCUAAAGAACAGAAGAAGUUUAGAGUUGACUUCAGAUGUCCUGGUAGAGCGCAUUCAAUUUGAAGCAUUUAUUUGCAACUUACAGCUGCGAGUUCAAGAGAAAGAGUCAAAGAAGUCUGAAAAAAUUCAGAUUCAGGCGGCAAUGAGACAAAACAAGGAUAAGAUCGAGGAACAGAAAAACUUCAACAUUAAAUUCAAAAAGACUGUCAAAAUAAAGGUUCCCAUUGAAAGUACUUCAUGGAAGCACAGGAAGGCGACAACCUGCACCGUCUGUGAGGAAAACUGCCAUGAGUUUGACUGCUGGUGGGUUUCUCAUCCCAGCAAAUGUGAAGUCAUGAAAGACGGAUACUGCACCGUGUGUACAGGGAAGUGCCACCACAGCAAACACGUCAAAGAAAACAAGAAAUACAUCAUCAGAAAUUCAAGCAUUGUGCUAGAAUUUGAUGAUUUUAAAAAGGAAUAUGAAAAAGCUCAAGAAAAAACCAAGAGGUUUUCAGUUAUAAUGGAUGAUCUUGACAAAGAUCUGCAGGUGAUUGAGGACCAAAAGUCAAUUCUUCUGUUCAAUGCUUACAAGAACAUAAAGCAUCUUUCUCAGAUCGCAUUAAAGCCAGACUCGGCAUUUACUCUUCAACAUCUGGACUUCUUCAUCCCCAGAGUGAAGGAGGCUGGGAAAAAAGACUGGGUCCGAGAGCUGGAGGAAAUGAGGAGAAAUGCUGAAGCAGAGGAAGCCAAUAAAGAUGCUCUGAGUUAUCUGAAAGCUGGUCUGGCAAAACUUUUCUUUGGUGACCAAUCAGAGGCGUAGCAAUAGGGCAGGCAAUUGCCUGGGACCCUGCAUUUUGAGGGGACCCCCGAGGGCUGAUUAUUUAAACAAUCAGAAAUGUUAAUAUAAAUACACAGCAAUGUCUCUGCAUCCCCCUUUGUGGGCCCCCUCUCGUUACACUAGUUAUGCUUUUGCUGCCUCGCCUUGGCCGCCUUUUUCAAACUGGCACAGCACUUACUCACAGUACUGUAGGAAAUGCAUGAUUUCAUCUGUUAAACAUGAAGAGGAUUCAUCCAUCUGGCAUAGCCACUGGAUAAAUGUGCACUAUUAUUAGAUACAUAUCCAAGUGUUCAUGUGGAGUGUGAAAGUAUAGCGUGCUUACUGCAUAAAACGGAGACGCUGGCACGACCACUUGCAUUUUUUUUUCCUGAUAACAGCGGAAAGAACUUAAAAUACUCUGUCAUUUAUGGUCAUACGGAUAAGAGUGAUACAUCAUUUAAAACUGUUAAGGGUCUACUUUUAUUUGUGUUAACUCACAAUAAUGACAAAGAAAACAGGGUGCGCUUUCUGUUGUCUCUGUCUCCAUGAACUGAAGAAAUUAACGAAACUCAGCAUAUAGGCUACUUGCCUCACAGACAUAUGAAAUGUAUCUAUAGAAAGCUUGGAAUUUCUACUUUUAAACAAAACAAUUUGAUUUGAAAAGAAAUACUCUCUGAUUAUGUAAUCCAUAUGAAAGGCGCAUUCACUAUACUGCGGAGAUGACGAGUCAGCAUCGCCAUCUCCAUCUUUGCAGCUGACAUUGACUCAAAAAACAUUAGUUUAUUGAUAAAUUAUUAAAAUGUCUCCUUGUUAUUUUUUCCAACACAUUUAUGAUCAUUACUUUUGCUGGUGCUUUGCAGCUUUAUGCAUACGCUUGAGUGCAGAAUAGGCUAUAUUCCUCCAUGCAGCCAAAUGAAAUUAAUAUAAAUGUGUAAUUAGUUGCUUAAAUGAAUGACUACUAGUCGACUAGAAAAAUCUUUAGUCGGGGGCAGCCCUAACCAAUACAUUUACUUAACUGACAUUAUUUAAUUAGUAAUUAGUUGUUUAUAGCUCUUCUACAAUAAAUUAAUUAUGGUAAACUAAUAAAAUAAAGAUUAAAUUAAGAUGCUAACCAUACAUUUCUAUAUGUAGGAGCUUUAUUUGUUUAUGCAACACCACAUAAAUCACUGUUUUUAAACUGAGAAUCCGUUAUAAAUAGAUUGUAGCCUACUGUAUUUUGAAGAUUGUAUUGUAUUGUAUCUUCUGUUAUAAAGAUGAAGAUUGGCAUUUUAUUAAUUAAAACAUAAACCCUUUAAUGUUGUCAAAAAAUAAACAAUUUAUGUUCCGUUA